AUGUAAGUUUAGACUAGAUAUCUCCUCUUUAGGUGGUAAUAUAGAUAUAUAGAAAUAAUGAUGUUCUGUCAAAUUUACCUGAAUUGCGUUUUUUUCAUUUCAGUUUUAGUUUAUUGUACAUUUUUCUUUUACAGUCAAUGUUUAUUUGAAUUCAAAAGAAAAAUCAAUGAUUUAAUUGAUAAAUAGAAUUUUUAUUUUUUAGCUCUGGCUUUACAAAAAAGGUAGAAAAGUCAAAUAAACUUCACUGCGGGAAAUCAAUUCAAACACUGACUUUCCUCUGAAUCUCAAGGAAAUGUUUGCAUUCGUACCUGUCACCUUACUUCCUUUCGACUGAGGCAGCCCAAACUUCUAGUCACAAUAUUAUAUCAGUACAAUAUCGCAAACAAACAUGUGAUAAAGGAUUCGACAACUUAUCAGUCAAAGAGAAGAACUUUGUCUUGAUGCACUACUCGGAUGCAUGUGCACAAGCUAAGCUAAGCUAAGUUGUCUUGAUGCACUACUCGGAGCUUGUGCACAAGUUAAUUCUUUGCAGCUAUAACGAAGAAUCAUGAAUCAUAUCUUAAAUACUCUUAAGGGUAAUUGACUGAGGCUAGAGAGACAACUACUUUCAACAAGAAAAUUGUCGGCACAUAACCACUAAAGCCGCAAUAUUCUGGGCGUGAAUACCACUUAUAUCCUGGAUGCACUUGCUUUUAGCCCCUCUCCCAGUACACUGGUUUCACUUUGUUUCCUGUGAUUGUACCACUUUGAAUGGGGAAAGAGGGUACUUUGUGUAAUAUAAAUAUUCCAGCCACAAUCAUUGGUUGAUAUUCUUACUGUUUUUACCUGUUCUGUGACUCUUCCAGGGGCAUGACUACAAUUGAUAUCGCUCUUACGAAUGUCGACAUAAAUCAGUGUGACAAGGGGUCUGAGGGCAAGUUUCAGUUCGAAAUUUUCGCUGGUACUCAUCGAUGUAAAAAUGAAACCACUCAGGUGAGGCAACUGUACAUGUCAUGAACUAGUCAUUAACACUUUUGCAACAUGAUGCGCAAUUAAAAGUGGCCAUGAAAAAGUAAAAUGACAGCUAUCAUUGCACACCAGCUAACAAGCAAUAAAUCACGACACUUAGCUUGUCGUGUAAAAGCUGCAUCCCGUUACUUCCGUUUCCUUGCAAAAUUUUGCAGCUACCGUCUUUCAACAGUCGGAAGUUUUGCAAUCUUAGACCAUAGUAUUUCGUCAGGAUCAGAAGAGACGAGAAUUUGGAGAAUAAAACUGCCGUAAAUUUUACAUUGUUUCAAGUUGUUUUCGCCAGUUUUCAUGCGCGAACUUGUGUUACAAGCAGCCUUGCUCCCCUCGUCCGAUGAAAAUCGGUCAUAGUACCGUUUGGCACUUGCCCUGUUCACAGCAUGUACCACAUUCACAUCAGCGAAAAACUUUUAGUUCAACAAGGUUUUGCCGAAUGAAAAGCAGCAAGCAGGGACUAUAUUUUGCAUGGGGUUCAUGUAAUCAGUAAAUUCUAUUUUCAAUAAGCCAAAUUUGAGGUCAAGUUUAUGCAUCUUUCACAAAGGAACAAUCUUAAAUCGUGCUUAAUUAACAAAACAGGUUUAAAAUUUUUUUAUAGCUUGGAUUCGAUGAGGUAUUAGUUUUAGUUUGAUAUUGAUCGAUCCCUUUCUUUUCCGUUUUUACCUAAAAAAGUGCCUGCCUGUAACUGGACUCGGUUUCAGAGCCGGUUCCUACAAAUGCGUGUGUAGGCCUGGGUACUAUUUCCCGAACGUUACCUCUCACGCGAAAUAUUUCAACGGAUCUGAAAUCGAGGCCGCAGCCGUUGAGCCAAGUCACAGGUAUUACUCGAACCCAGACUCCUUUCAAUGCAUCAAGUGCCAGCCUGGCUGUGAUGCAUGCGUGGAUGAUUCCCCGUGCAUUGUAACAUUGAACUGGCCGCUAAGGAGAGCGUUGAUGGGUUUGACUGUGGUCACUAUCCUGGCCGCCAUUGGGAUAAGUGCGUUUAUUUUGUAUUUCCGUGAAUUGAAGGUGAGUUUCCUGAUUAGUAGUGAGUUAGAAAUUCCCCACCCUUCUCCCGUCAGUGCUUUCCUACAAAGCUAUAGUUAUGGACAACUCCAAAGAGAAAAUUUCUCUGCUGGGUGUAGAAUUUACCUCUGUCGUCUUGGAUAGAGCAUCGUUUUCCACUAAGGAUUAGAAAAUUCGGAGUUGGAGGGAUCCAGUAGGGCGGGUGAGUUUGGUGGGGUUCCACAACGUAAUUUUUUCUUUAAUCUGGUCAGCUGAAAAUGCUUAAAUCAUUAUCUCGCUAGAAAUGUUGUGGCGAAUUUACCGUUAGCUCGCAGUGAUGUACUAUUGGCAAAUUUCUAUACUAAGUCGAAAAAACAAAUUAACUCGGUCCAUGUGCCUUCUUCUUGCAGGUUGUGAAGACGGCUAGUCCCCAUUUUCUUGUCAUUAUAUUAGCAGGAUGUAUGUUGUCGUAUAGCGAGGUUAGUUGAGUUGCACUAUGAGUCUUUCAAGACAUAACAGCAUAACAGGCUGUGCUUUAAUCACUGCGCACACGAAAUAUAGUUGACUCAGGUCAAGGAAAAAUGGCCCAGAUCAAACAAAACCUAGAUUUCGUAUCCUUUGAACACAUUCAACGCGAAUGAAAUGUAUAAUUGGCCUGAAAAGAAAGGACUAUUAACUGAAAUACUAAAACGAGACUUAAAUGUGUAUUCUCCUUAAAAUGUUGAAAGCAGGCCGUCAUGAAGAAUGACAGUUGUGCUACCGAAUAGUCAAAUUUCACACAAUGUGUUCUACGCAAAACAGAAAGAACAGCAACAUAAGAAAAAGUGAUUAUUUAGAGUAGUAAUCAUGAUAAGUUCCAAUGGCUCCACAGAAGUAUCAGUAAAGCCAGUUAUAGGCGGCUUAGCGCCUGUCAUAAGAUCUCUUACCGCUGUCUGUUUAGCCAACGCGCAGGCUCUCGUGUUUGGGUUUCAUCUUUUCGGCACAGCCGCCCAUGGAAAAGUUAUUGAAAUCCCCGGCUAUAACUGUGUCUCUGUUUCCGUCGCGUCAGAUUCUUGUGCUGUAUCCUGAACCGCAGAAUACUUUAUGUAUCGUUCGUCUUUGGUUUCGCCACAUUGGAUUUGGACUUGGUUUCACCUCAUUGCUCCUCAAAACUUGGAGGUGAGUUUCAUAUUGUUUUUAAACAAUUUCCAGGGGUUCAGCCAAAUGAGUUGUUACCCCAUAAAACCUGACAAUAAUAUUUAUAUUGUCCACCGAUGUUCACUCUACAGUUACUUUGAUAAUGACUAGGAAAAUUUGUUUAACAAUCAGGUACUUCUUAGAUCUGUGACCAUUUCUCUUAUUCUCAUGACCUUUACAAUUGAUUCAAGGAUAAUAAUGUGAGGAUAAAUUAGAAACCAGUCUCUCACGAAUUAGAGGGUUGAGGGCGAUCUGAAAUUUCUCUUGUGAUGAUUGUGCAGGUAACUGAGUCUGGAAAUCAUACAGAUGUUCCAUUAGUUACAAAACAAAAACAAAGAUCGUGAGCGGUCGAAGAGUUCCCAUCAUAAAGUACAGCGUCAUUGUUUUAGCCGGUUUUCCCAGUAAUUGAUUAACUAUACUAAGUUUGAAAUGGUGAUUUGAAUUUUUGAGCAGACCGGCAACUGUUAAGAAUUUCUAAAGCUGACGUUUCGAGUGUUGGCCCUUUGUCUGAGCCAUUUGAGGAAUUUAUCUUUCAAAUGGCACUUUUUCUUUCCACGGUAUCAACGAACGCUUUUCAUUCAAAAAAUUUAUACUUUUGUUUUUCACGUUACGCUGUUCUCACUAAUAUAAUGGUGUAGCUUAAUUUUUCCAUAAAGCACCCACAAUUCCUCUAUACGCUCUGACGAAGGACAAAGUCUCGAAACGUCCGUCAGCUAUAAAACCCUUUACGGCGACCAGUUAACAUUAUCACCUCAGUUUGUAAAGGCAAAUUAUCGUGUAAUGCCUCCCACCGACGCAUCACCACUGUUUCAAAUCCCUUAGUUGAGAUUUUAUAGAAAUCAGAACAAUGGUUAACUGAAUACGUUUCGAAAGCAAACAGCUCUUAUAAAAAAUUUAGACAUUUUACAGCGGAGUGCGCGGAGCGUGACACUAUAACGAAGAGAGUAUGGUAACCUACCAAGGCUAGAAACUUGACUUCUCCAUCCUUAUCUUGCACAAAAAUUAACUGAAGAGAUCAAAAGGACUUUUGCCUUGUUAAUUACUAUGUGAAUUAUUCCAGAUUUCCUUAGACACUUUCCACCUAUUUCCUAAUGGAGCUUGCAUUAUCUGAAGAUUUUGGGAGUUUAUGUACACAACGAUGAAGCGCUCGAUAUGUGCCACUAAUUUAUGGGUGAACUCAAAAUGGUGCUUGGCCCGCCCGUAAAGAUUUAUGCGAGUGUGGGUCAAAUUUCGCUAUAGCGCACUUAAUUUACCAAUCAGAGCGAUCGCAUCUCAGCUAUAUAGUUUGUAGAAGUUACCGCAUGAUGCAUUGCGAAGAUCGUAACUUUUCUGCUAUUUUUUUCUUUUGCAGAAUUUCCGUGAUAUUUCGUGUUAAAUCUGCACAGAAGAUAAAGCUCACUGAUCGCCAUCUUCUCCAGCGCCUCGCUCCCAUUCUGGCGUUGUACGUGGUUUAUCUGCUGGCCUGGUCACUAGCCGGCCCGAGUCACGUGGUAGAAAUGAAGAUGCCAGGGGAUCUUAAGUUCCAUGAGUGCUCCUUUGACUGGUGGGACCAUGCCAUUUUGAUAUGUAAGUUAAACUUAGGCCUCAUUCACUCUACUCAAAAAAAAAAAAUACAACGACAACAACAAAAAUUACAAAGAAGUAACUUUCUUUCUACGUUUAGGCCUGUAGGUUCACCAUCAGUGCUUUUUGUCAAUCGCGUUUUGAUAAUAUCCUAGAGAAAAGGGAUCUCAUGCUCCAUCAUUUGUCUCCUCCCGCAUUUUGCAUACGUUUUUCCCGCCAGUGCUGAGUAGAGUUUGUUGAAUUUCUUUCUUGCCUUUGUUAGUUGAAACACUCUUUUUGUUCUGGGGAAUCCACCUGUGCUAUAACGUCAGGAAAGCACCAUCCGCCUUCAACGAGAGCAAGUUUAUCAGUUGGUCAAUUUACAAUUUGACUGUGGUCACUUUCUUCCUCAAAAUUACGAGGUAUGGUUAG